GGCAGGCCUCAUCCGCGCCGGCGGCUGGUCCAUGCGGGUUCAACGUCGUCGCGCGGGACGACGACGACGACGACGAAGGCGAAAGACGGCGAAAGACGGUGACGUGUCGGUUCGGCGACGAUCAAAAGCGUACGAUGACGAUCGUCCGGCAAAGUUGCGUGAGUUAAUCUCGGAAGGUGACUCCGAAUCUGACCGACCGAUCUCUGCGAUAAAACGCGAUAGUGCGCCGUCCCGGCCGGAGGAUGCUGCGCCUGAGACCGAGCACUCGCGGGUCGCGCGUCGCGACGCUCGUCCAGGCGACGGCUCCACGUGAGCGCGGCUGCUGUCAUCAUCGGGGACGCGUGCAUGUCGGCCGCGCGAAAGCGGCCGCGGAACGCCGUCUGUGAGCACCCGGACCUUAUUGUCUGUCGAAUACUAUUGAGGAUUUACAAUCGAUUUCACCCCGUGAAACUCGAUUAAAGAUAUACCGUGGCUCUCGCAUUCUUCGCUUCCGCGAAUCCGGAGCUGAUUGUUUCAGCAAAACUGCUGACGUGAAUAAUUAAUCCCUCUUCAGGUGUUAAUCGUGAUGCAGUGAGGAUUUUUCUAUCGGAACACUUAUGUGCAUGUAAAAGUUAAUAAAAAAAUUGCUUACAGUGGAGUACGGAACACACAUGUAUGGUCUUUGACAAAGCGAAAUAGAUGCCUGGGAAAAGCAUUGUUCUCGAUUUGACAAAAGAUUAAACUGAGCUUCGCUGUAAAAGAAAAAAAAAGUGAAAGAAGUUGCACACAAGUGCGCGGACACAGCAACAAAAGAAUUGAUAUUCAUUUCGCAGUACUGAAUAUUGACAAGCGUUUAACGAGCAAGGAUCGGUAGUGCAGCGAGCGAUCGAGGUGUUAAAAAUGCUGUGUCGCUGGCUCGCCGUCCUGGUACUCGCUGGUUUUCUGCUGGUUAUCGAGGCGAUCGCGGUCAGCCAAGGUACGUUCACUCGCGAUCAGAGAGUCUUGAGCGGGAGUCUUAUUCAGGGGAGUCACAACGUCAGCGGCGUGCCGGCUUUCGAAACAAACGUGCCACGGAAUGUCACUACUGCAGUCGGUCAGACCGCCUUUCUUCACUGCAGAGUUCAUCAACUGGGCGACAAGGAGGUGUCCUGGAUGCGUAAGCGGGAUAUGCAUAUCCUGAGUGCCGGUCGUAUCAUGUACACGUCGGACCUGAGGUUCCAAGUGAUCCAUACGGACAAGUCGGAGAAUUGGACGUUGCAGAUCAAGUCGCCGCAGGAGCGUGAUUCCGGCGUGUACGAGUGCCAGGUCAGCACCGAACCGAAGAUGUCGCUCAACUAUAGCCUCAACGUGGUCGAAGCGCGAGCCAGAAUACUGGGCCAGUCGGACAUCUACGUGAAAACCGGAAGUCUUCUGACGUUGACGUGUCUCAUGUCUCAAGGCCCCCAUGAUCUAGGAACGGUGGCCUGGUAUCGGGGCAAUCAGGCGGUGGUAACUUCACCGCAAUCAGAAAAUGACGUCGACACGGAACCUCGCAUAACCGUCGAGACGGAAUGGAGCGACGCCCUCACAUCGAAAUUGAAGAUCACGCAUGCGAAGCUCGGUGACUCCGGAAACUACAGUUGCGUUCCUACCGUGGCGGAGAGAGCGAGUGUCAACGUGCACGUGAUCAAUGGGGAACAUCCAGCCGCGAUGCAGCACGGCAACACGGCGGCCGGCUCGCCCAACUCCAAGACGGUUCUGGUGAUGCUCGCCUUCCUUCUAGGUCAGCUGAGAUAAUGUGCGCGUACACGAAGGUCGCCCGAGACUCGUAAAAUCGAUGAACGUGUCGCAACGUGAUUGCACGCCCUUAACGUUAACCCUUCUGCACAGACCGUCCCUGGUUAGAUCUGGCAAAUUUCAUUAUAGCGGCCGAAGCGUUACAUAAUUUCGAGGAAUUACACGAACCUAGCCACGAUUAAAUCUAAAGAUUGAUAUUUUUCUGCCGCGAUCUCUUUCGAUUAACAGAUUUUUUAUAAGAUAAUCGCUACAAUAAUUAUCGUUGACCAUUAUUGACAUUAUUUUUUAUUGAAUCUAUUAUAAUUAUUAAAAAAAAAAACAUUUUUUAAUAAAUUGUUUAAUUUGUAUGCAAUGAAAUGAAAAUCACGAAUCACAAAUUUCUCAGCUCCGUUUAGCGAACAAUUAAAUUUGUUAUUAUUUCAAUGUCGCACUUCAAGCUGUAGCGUUUAUCUCGUACUUUUUAAUCUGUCGCGUAAAUUCUCGUCUCGUUUAUCUCAAUUUUAACUAUAAGUUCGGCCGCUAAGAUGACAAAUACGAAGAUAGUGUGAUUAAGAGAGGGUCGUUUUUACGUAAUAAAAGGGAAGCUUUGUGCCUAAGGGUUAAGCGGAGCGGUGAGGCGGCCGAUCACCGAUACAUACGGCCGCCCGGAACCACUGAUUCCGCGUGAAGACAAACUUCCGAGAGUCAACUUGUCCCAAUCGCGAGAACUUGAAAAGAACGAACAAACUCGCAGCCGAAAACUUUUCAUACAUUUGUUGUAAUGUAGCGACAGUGCGCUGCACCUGUAAAACGUUAAAUAGCUGCGUAAUGAUAACGAACGAACCGAGACAUUUCCAAUUCGAAAGAGUUUUCCAGUAAUUGGCGUGCUGCCACGAAUAGUAUUUUCAACAUCAAUUUGCGCUCGAAAUUAUUAAUUACAACAUCGUGUUUAACGAUCGUUUCCCUAAAUAACAAGCUGACUUUGUUUAUUUUUAUUAAUUGACGCAUCUGCUUCAUCAAGCAUCGUUUUUUAAUUAUAUUUCAGGAAUUCUUCGAUUAAAUAUUUAGAAUAUUUAUUUCUUUUUAUGUGCGUUCGUAACGAUCAAAUUUCGGAAUAAUAACAAUCACCGUACAAUAUUGUUGGAUUUAAUUCUGAUUUAUUCAUAAUAUAUUCAUGGCACAAAAAAUCGAUUGGUGUGAUCCAACAUUUUCGCUUAGUAAGCUUCUUUUACACUCAACAUCUACAUAUAGAUUAUAAAAUAAAGAAUAUACAUUCCCUAUUUGCGAAUACUUAAUUAGCAGGACGCGAUAUACGUUCCUUUGAUUUAGCUCAAAAGUUAGUUUACACUUUGCAACUUAGCGUUGGUACGAUUUGUUGCUGAAACGAUACGGCAAGCGUUGAGUAAUGAUUUGAAUACGAUCACGACACAACAGUCGAAGAGAUUCUUAUCAUAUCCACGAAUGGCGAAGACACGUUAUUAACAUUAUUCCAGAAUCUUAGCAACGACGAGAUCGGAAUUCUUAUAAUUUAUAAUUAAGAAUCGUUCCUUGCGCGAGAAGGAUUAAAAGUCACGUCGUCGUCGCUGAGGUUUUAGAACAAUCGCACCGCGAAUGGCAGCGAUGCAAGCGUAAGAAUUAAUGACAAUGCACAGUGAGUGUCGAUGCAAAGAGAGGGAGAGAGGGAGGGAGAGAGAGAAACACAAUUGAGAGCGAGUGUCGUCGCUCGGGAGGAGAGGGAGAGCGAGCAGACAAAACAGGACUGUAUGCCCCCGGCGCCCUUUCCCGACUAUAGAGAGAAUUCGUGAGGAAAGUGUUAAGUGUAAAAUAAAUGUGUCACGAGCAAGUUUAACCGAAGAGCGGGUGUAAUAAAGCGGGGUGGACCCGACCACCGCCGCGCAGCAAAGUACUUUCUACUUACGGCAUAAGUGUUAAAUAAAACUUAAAGGAAAACACAGAGGAGACACACUCCCACACGUACACACAAAACACACACGCGUAUAGGUAAUAGUAGAGAAAAUGUAUGUAAAACCACGCGACUUUACAACUCGUAUGAUUUACACACCAUCCACAACUAGCCCGGAAAACUGUGUUCCCCACCCUUCAUUCACAUCCUUCUCACGAUCUUGUUUUCACACGGUUUCUCUUGCGAAAGAAACGCAUUCUUGUACAUAAUGUUUUACUCUUGUAAAUAAAUUACCCACACAA